CGGCUCCGCCCUUGGUCCCGAACACCGCCCCUCCCUGCCGAACACUGUCCCGGCCGGGCCCCGGGUUAGGCUGCGGCGCGGGCUGGCGGGAGGGCAGACGGGCGGGCGCUGCUGGCCCCGUUGUGCUGCGGCCGCCACGGCCUGUGCGUCCCCCGGCCUCGCCAUGGAGGCCGGGCCCCCCGCCAUCCGCGAGGGCUGGUUCCGGGAGACGUGCAGCCUGUGGCCGGGCCAGGCCAUGUCCCUGCAGGUGGACGAGCUGCUCCACCACCAGCGCUCCCGCUACCAGGAGAUCCUGGUCUUCCGCAGUAAGACCUACGGCAACGUCCUGGUGCUGGAUGGAGUCAUCCAGUGCACAGAGAGGGAUGAAUUCUCGUACCAGGAGAUGAUUGCCAACCUGCCCCUCUGCAGCCAUCCCAGCCCACGAAAGGUGCUAAUCAUUGGUGGUGGGGACGGGGGAGUCCUUCGGGAAGUGGUGAAGCAUCCAUCUGUGGAGUCUGUGGUCCAGUGUGAGAUUGACGAGGACGUGAUCCAGGUCUCUAAGAAAUACUUGCCGGGCAUGGCUGUGGGCUACUCCAGCCCAAAGCUGACCUUGCACGUUCGAGAUGGAUUUGAAUUCAUGCAGCAGAACCAGGAUGCCUUCGAUGUCAUCAUCACUGACUCCUCGGACCCCAUGGGUCCUGCUGAGAGUUUGUUCAAAGAGUCUUAUUACCAGCUGAUGAAGACAGCGCUGAAAGAUGACGGGAUCCUCUGCUGUCAGGGUGAGUGCCAGUGGCUGCAUCUGGACCUCAUCAAGGAGAUGCGUCACUUCUGCAAGUCUCUGUUCCCUGUUGUGGAAUAUGCCUACUGCACCAUCCCCACCUACCCCAGCGGCCAGAUUGGCUUCAUGCUCUGCAGCAAGACCCCGAGCACUAAUUUCCGGGAGCCAGUACAGCAGCUGACCCAGGAGCAAGUAGAGAAAAUGAACCUCAAAUAUUACAACUCGGACAUCCACCGCGCGGCCUUUGUGCUGCCUGAGUUUGCCCGCAAGGCCCUGAGCGAUGUGUGAGGAGACCAGUACACCUGCCUCGGCCUCUCCCAGGGACUUCAAGCCACAAGCGCCCAUUCCAGGAUGCCCCUCUUCCUGCUCUGAGGGUAUCGGCUGGCACGCGGCAUCCCCUCCCAACUGAGGACCUGCCCCUCACCAGCUGUCCCGCCCGCUGACCAAGUGUUACCAAACCCAGGACGUGAUCGAGGGGCUCCCCGUGCCAUGCUCUGCUGGGCGGGUGGGGGGAGAGUACAAGAUGUCUGUCUGUCUCUGUCUCUGUCCAGUCUGGUCAAUUAGCGUCUCUUAAUAUUGAUCAUCUGUGUACAGAACGAUCCUUCUCACCUCUAACAAGCCCCUUCACCAAACAGUGUAUUUAUAACUGAGUGGCUUGUCGGUGUCUCUGUUUUGGACCCUCCGGCUCUCCCUCAAACAGACCGUUUUCUGUGAAGUUUCCCCCCAAACCGAGGGCUGGAGGCUUUCCCCUUCCCUUGGAAGUCGAGGCCACAAUCACAUCUUGAGACCUUCGAGUGAAGGGUACACUUGGCUUCAGUGACCCUCCAAUUCUAAAUCUGUGACCUGAUGAGCCUUCCUCUGGUUUUUCCUCAGUUCCUUGUCUGUCAGAAUGAUAAGACUGAGCUAGAUCUCUAAACAUGCCUUCUAGUUUAAGUUCUAUGGUCCUGGGAUUGGGCCCAAUCUGGUGCUAAUUCUAGUGGACCCUACUUAAAUGAUUUGCCCAAGGUCAUACAUGGAAGAAUUACUGUUUGAAGUCUGGAGCACAUACAUUGUGUAGGCUCUCUGGAGAAAGGAGCUUUCUUCUCCCAAGUGUCCUAGAUGGAAAAGACAUUGACACUUCCUAGAAAGUAAGGCCCUUGAGAGCAGGGACUCAUUUAGUCAUUUGCUAGAUAGCUGUAGGUACCCCAGAGGAUACAAAGACAGCCCCUGCCCUCUUAGGGAGGAUCCACCAGCAGGCAGCAGAGGCCAAAUUCAAAGGCUUUUGGGGCUCAGACAGGAGACAGAUGAGCAGAUUCUGCCCCAAAAAGGCUUCAUGGAGGCUUAAGCUUGGCUUUGACUUUUAAGACCUGCUCUCAGGGCCUGCUGCAAAGAUAAGAAAGGGGGGUCAGUGCUGCCAGAAUGGGUGUGCGGAAUUGGGAAGGGUGAGACCAGGGCAACUACUGUUCAGGAAUCUGAUUCGGUGUCAGAGGCCAUCUAGCCCAUUCCACAGAUAAAUGUAACAUCCUCAAGGGUUCCUGACCCAGAAUCUCUACAAUAUGGCCAGUGAGUGGCCAGCUAACCUCUGCUUAAAGACCUCUAGGGGUAUGGGGGGGGGCACCAUUUACACCACUAGUUGAUGGGUGGUUUUCCUCUGUCCUGCUCAAACCAUUUCCACACAUUUUUCCUAGUUCUGCCCUUGGUAGCCAAGCAGUACAAGUGAUUGCUCAUUCAUGACACCCUUCCAAGGAUGUGGAGACAACUAUUAGGUUCUCCUCUGAACCUUCUCAUCUCCAGCUUAUGUAUACCCAGUACCUUCAACAGAUUCUUGUUUGAUGAGGUUAACUGUCUGCUUUGUGCCAGGCAAUUUGAAGCUCUGGGAACACAGACAAAAAUAAAGACAAUCUCUGCC